CUUCAUCUCUUGCUGCCUUGAGUCAGUCCCUUUCAAUAUAUUUAUAGAACAAGCCAAUUGCAUUGUGACGCAAGGACACAUUCUUUCUUCCACCCUAAUAAAAGCUCUUGAAGGUGCUGAGAGGCUUUUGUUUUUUCACUUGAGGAUCCAGACAGAUUGAAACAGCUUAGCCAUGGAUGAUGUGUAUAAGGCAGCGGUGGAAAACUUAACAGAAGAACAGAAAAAUGAGUUUCGGGCAGCCUUUGAUAUUUUUGUGCAGGAUGCAGAGGAUGGCUGCAUCAGCACGAAAGAGCUUGGAAAGGUGAUGAGGAUGCUGGGCCAGAACCCUACCCCAGAGGAGCUGCAGGAGAUGAUCGAUGAGGUAGAUGAAGAUGGUAGCGGGACUGUAGACUUUGAUGAAUUCUUGGUUAUGAUGGUUAGAUGCAUGAAGGAAGACAACAAAGGAAAAUCAGAAGAGGAACUGGCAGAGCUGUUUCGCAUGUUUGACAAAAAUGGUGACGGUUAUAUUGAUCUGGAGGAGCUGAAGCUCAUGCUGGAGUCAACAGAAGAGUGCAUUACAGAGGAUGACAUUGAGGAGCUGAUGAGAGAUGGUGACAAAAAUAAUGAUGGCAAGAUCGACUAUGAUGAAUUCCUGGAGUUCAUGAAGGGAGUGGAAUAGAUCAUUCAUCCCACUGCAGUUUUGACAUCAUUCUUUCAAAAGAUGAACUGCCAUUCAUGUAUUACUUUGCUGCCUUCCAAGUUCACCAUUAAAAAAUAUGCAAUCUAUUCAUAAUUCUUCUUUACAGCAAGGAUACAGCUGCAUUUGAUAAGCUCGAUAUUUAUGACCACAAAUAGAAAAAGGGUAUUCCUGAGUGGAAAAAUGGAAAAAAUAAAGAAUACAUUGAAAUGGAAGCCACUUGCUUUUUGAAAACAGACAUGAACUGCUUUCUAAAUUGAUUUGCAUCUUGUUUGGCUAAAGACACAACUCUGGGAUUUGAAUUCUUCUGUUUGUUGUCCCUUGAAUGAAGCUUAACACAAAAUGUACAAUGAAUGUUAUUGCUUCCCGUUCUGUUCAUCGUGUUUGAGGAAUAAAAUGUGUAACAUGGGCCAUGUUAUAAAACGUACUUGUCACUGUUUAUCCUGUAUGUUUUGUGCUUUAUUAGUCAGCCUUAAAAGUUAACUGUGCAUGGUUACAUUGCACCUCUGGUUUACAAAUGAUUAUGUCUUUAUAAGAAUGAACUAAUAUAUUAAGUGAUGUUUAUAUCUAUUCUGUUCAGCAACUUAACAAUGCAUUCAGAAACAGCUUAAAUUAUGAAAACAUGGACAGUUCCAGAAAUAAAAGUCUAAGUGUUAUGUGAAAUGUGAAGAGAUUCUAAAAUAAAAUAUUCAGCACUUGAAGGUACAAUUAUUGUAUAGCUACCCACAUUCUAAUAUUAAUGCAUUGCACUUGAAGUAAAAGAAAGCUACAAGAAUUUAAAAAGAAAGUAUAAAUUUGAAACAGAUAUCAUUUCCUUUUGUUACGUGUUUAAUAAAAAGUUAAUCUCCACUUGUUUAUUGUAUUAUAUUUUCGCACAUGAAAUGCAAGAAUUAAAUAUUUGGAUACCUCUACAAGAUGAAUAUUGAGUAAUCCUAAAAACCCAAUUACAAAAGCAAUGAAGCAAGCCAAAGUUGCAGUUUUAAAUGUAUAUGGAUAGUAGCAGAAAACUUGCUAUCAUAACUAACAUUAGAGUCGAUACCCAGUUAUGUGAUAGCCAUUCCUGACACCAUCCUGCUAUACUGUACCUUUAUCUGCUAAGGUAUUAGUCAUUAAAUUGUAUGAAGACUAAUGCAGGACCAUUAAUGCAAUAGAGAUCAAUACAGAGUUUUUAUACAGAUGUGCUUUUCACUUUUUUCUGUAAAGAAACUAAAAUAUUCUGUUGAAUAUUUAUGAAAUAGUCAAUUAUUUCAUUCUUUUCAUCAGUAUUUAAUGACAGAACAUAUUGUAUACUUUCUGACUAUGGCUAAUUGUGCAGUAUUGUUCUGUGAAGCAUCAGACAGAGCAUUGAACAAUGGCAUCAUUUGAGGAUGGCUUCACUUCGACACUUUAAAUUUGUAUUUCUUCCUGUUGCCAUGCAUCCUAAGUCCAUUGCUUCUGUACCAAUUGAAAUAUAGCAGGCAGUAAAGCUUCUUUUUAUUAGACGUUCACAAUACUACUUUGUAUCAGGGGUAAGCAUGUGGAGAUGACCAGUUCCAUCACUCUGCACAGUUCUGUUGCCACUGCAUUACUAAGCUGGUAGUUAUCUGAGCACCUUACUUCUAGAUAACCCAACCCCCUGAUGCAGAGCAACACAGACUAUAACAUAACAAGUUAUGCAAAAUAACCAGACUAGUAAAACAAUGUGUUAGGAAGUAAAUAAAUAUGAUUCCUCCACUGGAAAGAUGGAAUAAGAUGCACUUAAUAAACUGUGACUAACUUA